CGGAAGUGGAAACGGCCCGGAGCAAGGUAAUAGCAGUAGCAAACGAUUCUCACGGAUGAGGCAAUAAUGGCUUCUGCAAAGCAAUUGGCUGAUUUUGGUUACAAGGCAUUUUCAGGCUCUAUGAUGCUCCUUACUGUGUAUGGUGGCUACCUCUGUAGUAUGAGAGCAUAUCGAUAUUUUCAGAGAAGGAGUGCACUGAAGCAACUUGAGCAGCAGGCGAUAAAUGCAGAAGCUGUUAAGGACUGAACAGCAUCCCAAUAUCUGUCCAUAAGAUGCUUAUUGAAUAUGAAAUUGGUGUGCUGCAGAAGAUACUUCUAUCAGAAAGUACAGCUCUGGAAAUCUCUGCCACAGAGAAUGGGCAUUUCACAUGAAAACAUUUAAAAGGAUGGAAAUGCCUAUGUGAUUAUGUAGUCAUUAAAUAUUUUGCAUACAGCUUCUCUUUCUGUAGAGGCUGAUCACAUGUAAUUAUAAAAGAUAUGUCCACAGAA